AUGGCGGCGGGAGGAGCUGGGAGGCGGGCGGUUUUCGCUCCCGCGCUGGAGAGGAACAGGAGCGCGGGUUGGGAUUGGGUUUUCCCUCCCAACCCUCACUUCUACAGGCUGGGAUUGGAUUGUGGCAUCAAAGACUGGCAAGGGAUACCAGAACUUUCGUUCAUCGAGAGGAGCAGCAAGGGGGUGGAGAUCGGGGCAGCCGUGUCCAUCUCCAAAGCCAUCGAGGUCUUCUCAGAUGGCACUCCGGUGUUCAGAAAGAUUGCCAGUCAUCUCAGCAAGGUGGCCUCGCCAUUCAUCCGCAACACGGGGACCAUCGGCGGGAACGUAAUCAUGGCGCAGCGGCUGCCAUUCGCUUCAGACAUCGUCACAGUUCUUCUCACCGCAGGUUCGACGGUCACAAUCCAGACUGCUUCCAAGAUGGUGUGCCUGACACUGGAGGAGUUCUUGGAGCAGCCUCCCUGUGAUGCCAAGACCAUACUGCUCAUCAUAUUUGUCCCUGAUUGGGGUUCAGACAGUGUCAUCUUCGAGACCUCUCGUGCAGCUACCAGACCAUUCGGCAAUGUUGUCUCCUAUGUCAAUUCUGCAUUCCUGGCAAGGACUUCACAGGAUGCAGCCUCAGAGGGGUUCGUAAUUGAGGAUAUAUGCCUCGCAUUUGGCGCUUAUGGUGUCGAUCAUGCCACCCGGGCUCGGAAAGUUGAGGAAUUCCUAAAGGGAAAAUCAGUGAGUGCACCAGUUAUACUUGAAGCAGUUCAGUUACUGAAAGAUGUUAUCUCGCCGUCAGAAGGCACGACACACCCUGAGUACAGAGUCAGCUUGGCUGUCAGUUUCUUAUUCAGUUUCCUUUCUUCACUUGGUAACAACCUGAAUGCUCUCAAUGGGUCUUGUGUUAAUGGCUCCGAGAAGCAUGGUAAGGUUGCCAGCAAUGACUUGCCGAUUCGCUCAAGGCAAGAACUGGUUUUCAAUGACGAAUACAAACUGUCGGCAAGCCAAUCACGAAAUCCGGGGCCGAUCUGCAAGCUUCUGGGGAGGCUGUGUAUGUUGAUGACAUCCCUGCUCCUAGAGAUUGCCUCUAUGGAGCAUUUAUCUACAGCACACAAUUACUGAGCACAACGAUGGGUGUGAAAGAGUAUGUGCAAAGCGAAUUCGAUAAUGUCGAAGCUGGGAUCAUAAACGUGAAUAAAGACCUUUUCCCUGGUACAAUAACAUUUGAUGAUUUCCUAUGGGCGUUCGGAGUACUAAGGUCGAGGGUUUUCCCGGAGCUCCGUGGAGAUAAGCUUGCCCUCAUACCAUUUGCUGAUCUGGUAAGAUCUUUGAACUCAAAACAUGCCUACAUGUACUGAUGUUGCUUAUCCAAAAGGUUGCAAGUCAAUUCUCAUUUUGUCAAGAUUUGAAUUCAAACUCAUUUGAAUAGGAAGUAGAUAUUUCUAAGGUCCGGAAAAAGUUCAAAUAUUUGGUGGGGCUUGGUAAGGUGACAAAAUAAUUUAUUGGCAAAGUUUGGGGACAAAGUUUAAGUAGAAGUGACAUUCAAUUUUUAACUAUAUAAGUUUGUUCAUGGGUGAUUCCAAACGACUGGAAUAUUUAUUAUGGCUUCCAAAAUUAUUAUUUUUCGUGCAUACAUACGAGCAAUACUACUUGCUGAUCUCUAGAAGAACCAUGGCUGCAAGCUCUUCUGAUCCUAACUCUCAUCUCAAUCUAUACAUCUAAAACUCCACAAUCUCUUCCUCUCUCCAUUUGCUUGAAAUCUCUAUUCUCUUCCGACCCUAAGAAUAUAUUUGUUCCUGCUCCGUAGAUUGUCCAUACAUACUUUCAUCUCAUCAUGGUUGUAUGUAGGUUAUAGUCAGCAAUUUGAUGUAUCUUCCUGAAAUCCUGAUAGGUUUAUUACUCAUCUCUGGCAUGUAUGAUUUAAGGUAUGCGUGCAAAAGCGUAAUUUUAUCAGUUCAUGAAGAUAACACCUGUUUAGGCAGUGAACGCCAAAGUUAAUAUAGAUGUUUCAGUUGGCUAAUCCUUGAGAGCCAUGACAAUGGCUUAUCUAAUCCAA